AUGAAGCUCAUUCUUGUAGCUGCAUUAGCUGCGGUGGCCGGAGCGAAAUGCCACGAGCCUACUAUUGCUCACCCUUUGCCUGACUAUGACGCCGAUGACGAGCUUCUCAAACAUGCCUUCACUGAGAUCAGUAAUGCCAUCGUGAACGUCGCGUCCGCGCCCGAGUUCUCCGCGACAUCUUUCUCUGUAGAGAUAACAUCCUCGAAGGAAACGCUUUGGUCCAAGUACCACACGGCGACCGAACGAAACGACUCGCGUCCCGAUAUCCCUGAAGUCAAUGGUGAUGCGUUGUAUCGGAUCGCAAGCAUUACGAAAACAUUCACAGUUCUCGGUAUCUUGUAUCAGGAGAAGGCGGGCAAUCUGAGCCUUGAUGACCCUGUGGAUGAGUACAUCAAGGAGCUCAAAGAAGAUCAGAAAGGCACCCUGCCAUGGAAAGAUAUCACGCUACGAAGUUUGGCCAGCCAGCUGAGUGGCAUACCCCGAGAAUUUGCUCAGGGUGAUUUGCUCAACUUCGACAAGGGAGGACUCCCAAAUCCCAUAACUUGGGGCCUGCCUCCAGUGUCGCGGGAAGGUCUCAUUGACUGUGAUGAAUACUCGCCUAAUUACGGAAAUGUUUGCGACGAGGGCGACCUCCUUGAUGCCGUCAAAUCACAGAUACCCAUAUUUGCACCCAACCAACAAUCGACUUACUCGAAUAUCGCAUUUGAAUUGCUGGGAAUAGUUCUUGAACGAGUCUCAGGCCAAGACUAUCAAAACUACAUUGAAGAAGCCAUCUUCAGGCCUCUGAAUAUGAAGAAAAGUACUUUGUCCAAGCCACCUGACGAGGCCGGUGUCAUACCUGCUGGUGAUCACUACUGGGACGUUGACGAAGGAAUUCAAAGCCCUACAGGUGGCAUCUACGCCUCAUCCACUGACCUGUCCAAGUACCUGCGACACGCGCUGAGCAAGUUCAAUGGCCUUACACACGCCUUGAACUGGUUCAAUCCCGUGUCACCAACUCGUGGCGUCAACUCGUUCUACGGUCUACCUUGGGAGAUCUACCAUACUGAUCGUGUACUGCUAGACUCUCGUCGCACAGUGCGCUUCAUAAGCAAAGGAGGUGGACUGCCAGGGUACUCAUCAAUUAUCAUUCUGGCCCCCGAAUACGAUCUAGGAUUCACGAUCCUGGUCGCUGGAAGCAGCGAUCUGCUCCUGAAGCUUCAGAAUAUCGUCACCAAGUUCGUUCGCCCUGCCGAGCACUAUGCUGUCCAGCAAACGAAGGACCGCUAUGCGGGCACAUACGUGAGCUCGGAUUCGAGGCUCAACUCAACAGUAAGACUAGUCGCUGAUGAACGUGGCCUUGUGGUAAAAGAGUUCAUCUCAAACUCGUCCGACAUUCUAGAGCUUGGCAAAGUCAACAAGUGGAUUCCGAAGAACGGCUUCGCGCAGCUUGUCCCGACACUCCUCUUCCGAAACGCGCAGGAUCAGAAGGGCGAAGAAUGGCGUGGUCAGCCAGUUGAGGAUCGGAACCACCAUGAUCGCGAGAUCUGGGAUGAUUUCUGCAUAACGGAUAUUGAAGGGCCUUUGUAUGCAGCCGUUCCCAUUAACAAUCUCGUCUUCUGGGAUCAAGACAGGCACAACAGAUUCAAGACACUGGAGCUGAGUGCUUUCCGUGUGAAUCUGACUAGAGUGUACGAGAAACACGAAGCGGGAGAAGAGAACAUGGAGCUGUAA